ACUAUGUUUCUCCUGAUUUCUUUGUUGGCGGUCAUCGCCGCCUCUGCGCAGUCACCACCUAAACCAUAUUACAACAUUGGCGAUGCUCACAACCUGUUCCAAGAAUAUGUACAGAAACACAACAAAAUAUACAAUCCCGAAGAAUACUUGAAGCGACUUGAAAUUUUUAAGCAAAAUCUAGAGCGCAUCAAUGAACGCAAAGCAAGAAAUCCACAAAACGAAGUCGGAAUCAACCGUUUCACAGAUUUGACUACAGAAGAAAGACGACAAUAUCUGGGUUUUAAGCGCUUUGAUGCCGCGAGUGAUGGUCGCGCGAUGAGGCUGGAGUACCCCGCCGAGGCGGUCACGGCGCCCGACCAGUUCGACUGGCGCGACCACGACGCGGUCACGCACGUGAAAGAUCAGGGCCACUGCCAGACCAGCUACGUGUUUACUGCCAUUGGAAAUAUUGAGGGGCAGUACGCGAUUAAGCACAAGAAGCUGAUCUCUCUAUCUGAGCAAAUGGCAAUAGAUUGCAUGCCUCCAUCUACGCUACAACCCAGCAGGUGCAUGGAAGGCUGGCCUGAUGAUGUUAUGGUUUAUUAUCUUAUGAUUUCAUCUUUAUGGGGUGUAGUAUCUGAAAAAGAAUAUCCUUAUACUGGCGGAGAACACCGGAAUAAAUGUCCAAACCAUACGAAUCAAACUAUUUCAACUGUAACUAACGUGACCUCAUUCCAAAUUGUUAUCCCGAAAGACGAAGAAACGUUAAAGCAGUUAUUGUACAAUACAGGACCUUUGGCAGUGGCUUUUGAUUCUUCCGAGUUGUUUGAAUACGCAAAAGGCAUCUACAACCCCAGUCAAUUCGACUGCAGCUACGAGCCUGAUCAUACCGCUCUAUUAGUUGGCUAUGGAAUAGAGGACGGCACUAAGUACUGGAUUCUGAAGAAUUCGUGGGGGACAGAGUGGGGAGAAAAGGGCUAUUUCCGUCUCGCUCGCGGUAAAAAGGCCUGCCACAUGGGCAUGACCUACACGGCCACGUGUACUGUCUCUUAA